AUGGAUUUGUCGACAAGACAAAAGAGGAGACGGAAAAAUGCCUUUGGUGCCACAUCUCCACCUUUUAUCGACUAUUUAAAAGAUAUUCUGCGCAGAUAUCCUGAUGGAGGUCAAAUACCGAAGGAGCUGAUACAGAAUGCUGAUGAUGCUGGUGCUACAAAGGCAGUUUUCAUCCAUGAUGACAGAGCCUAUGGAACCAAGACCCUUUGGACUGAAGACCUGGAGAAAUACCAGGGUCCUGCCCUCUAUGCCUACAACGAUGCAGAGUUCAUCGUUUAGGCAGCGGAGGAAGACUGGGAAGGCAUACAGACCACAGGGAGGAGCGUGAAACGCAACGAUCCAAACAAAGUGGGCCGGUUUGGAAUCGGAUUCAACUCCAUCUAUCAUGUUACAGAUUUACCAUGCAUAUUCAGUGGCAAAUACCUUGGCAUGCUGGACCCACAGGAGACGAUAUUUGGAGAGCGAGAGGGAGGCAUGCGCUGGUCUCUUGAUGAUGAGGAAGACAGGGAAGCACUGCUGAGGCUGAGCGAUCAGGUCCAGCCGUUUCGAGACGUGCUCGGACAUGUCAGUGACCAAUGUUGGGAAGAUGCCGUUGGCGAAGGCAAAAAGUUCAGCGGAACCCUCUUUCGCUUUCCUUUACGUAAUGAGCCAUCUGAGAUUUCAGACAACAUAUAUGAUUCUGACAGAGUGGUUCAGCUCUUUAACAGCUUCAUUGCUGAUGCAGACAUGAGCCUGCUUUUCCUGAGAAAGGUUUCAUCAGUCUCCUUAAUUCAUAUCAGGCAGGUGCCAGAACUGGACGCGCUAGCCAAGAAACAAAGCUUUCGACCCCAAGUUGACCUGGCAUUCCCAUUAGACCAGGAGAGGUCUCUGACUGAUGGAAGAUUGAGCUGCUUUCUGCCCCUUCCAAAUAAUGAAACCAACAGCACUGGGCUCCCCGUCCAUGUUAAUGCCUGCUUCGGCCUCACAGACAACAGGAGGCACAUCAAAUGGCGGGAGGAGGACCAGAGAUUUGAUGAAGCUGCUGUCUGGAAUGAGUUGCUCAUUAAGGAGGUUUUCCCUUGUGCAUACCACAUGAUCAUCCUGGACGCCAUUCGCUUUUCCCAAGUCUACGACUUUCCUUCCUCCUCCGUGUACUGUCUUUGGCCUGACCUUGACCAAAUGAAACACAAGGAGAGAUGGCAUGGUGUUGCUAUGGAAAUGCUGCAGCAAUUUCUCCUGCUGAAUGAAUCUGUCUUUUCUCUGGCUGUGGAUGCAGAUGAAUGGGUGACGCUGUCAGAAGCUGUGUUCUUGCCUGAUGACAGCAUGGAGCCGCAGAUGAAGAAUGCGGUGUCGAGUGUUUUGAUAGCACUGGGGGAAAAACUGGUGUCCAUUCCCAGUCAUGUAUCAAGAGACAUCCAGACUACUGUUGAAAGUCCCGAAACCUUAAGAAGAACAACCCCUGAUUUUGUUCGAAAUGUCUUCCGCAAAAAUGGAAAUUUAAAUCUCUCCAGGGAGGACAAGCUCUUGAUUUUGGAGUACAUGCUCAGUGAUGGAAAAUACCGUGAGCUCUGGGAGCUGCAGCUUCUACCUCUUAGCAAUGGGACCUUCAAGACAUUCACAAAUGAAGAUCACAAUCUGGCCUUCAUCGACAAUGAGCAGUUCCCACAAAGUAAUCCCCAGAUGUUGGACACUUUGAGACAUCUUGGGAUGAAGACAGAUGAAAAUACCAUCACUGCUAAUGAUGCCCUUCAUGUGGCCAAGCACAUUGCAAGGUUGCAGGUGCAGUCUCUGCAAAAGGCUUCAGAAAAAGCAGAGGCCCUGAUGAAACUUUUGAAUGACACCCACGUGCUUUCAAAGUUCUCGGUUCAACAGCUUAGAUUAGAUCUUAGCUCCUAUAUCAAAAAGGUACCAGAAGAAUUUCUGGCGUACAGAGACUUGCUAACUGAGUUUGGAGUGAGAGCAUCAGUGUCAGAUGAAGAAAUUGAGGGGAUGCUGCAUAGCAUGAAACAACACAUUGACAGAAAAUUGCCAUCUUAUGGAACUCAGUCUGAACUGAAAGUAGCCAUUGCCAUUCUGAACUGGAUGAGGAAAGGGCAGAAAAGCAUUAAGGACAAUCUCCCCAUACCAGUCAUGGUAGAAAAUGGACUAUUUAACCUGCAGAAAUUAUCUUCCACUGUGUUUUGUGACAUCUCCAGGGAUGGUUUGGAAGACCUCAGGAAAGACGAGGAGGAGUUCUAUGUAAUACAUGGAGAGAUACCAGGAGCUACAGUUGACUGGUUGAAAAUUCCCUCCCUCAGCACUCGAAUCCUAAACCCAGAAUUCAUUGGCAUAGAGCAAUGUGGCCAGACAGAACCAAUAACCCUAAGGAUCAAAAACAUACUGAAAGAGUAUGAUGAGGAAAAGGACCUCUUCAAAGAGCUUAUACAGAAUGCAGAAGAUGCUCGCGCAACCACAUUGGUAAGAAUCUCCUGA